GUUUUCUCUUUCAGAGUCCUUCUCCCCUCCUGCUUCCCUCCCAAUUCCGAGAAAGGGAGGCUUCUCUCCCUCGUUGGUGCUUCCUGGCCAUCGUCUGACUAAACAGGAUCCUGUGACCAAUACUGAAAAACAAGCUUUCCAAAGGGAUUUGAAAGAACCAUCGUACUCUAUGGCCAAAAGAAAAUACUCCAGCACCAGCAGCUUUGUCUCUAUUUGUAUAUUUGCAGUAUCUUGUAAUAUCAUCUCUGCCUCUACGGAAGAUGGAUUCAUAGCAAACUAUUCUAGGACAACCCGAUACACAGUUCCAAAGAACAUACCAUCAAGAACAACAGUAUUGGAUUUAUCCCACAACCAAAUUAAAGAAAUUCGGGUUUUUGAUUUCAGUUCCCUUCCCAAACUGCAAGUGUUAAUGCUGUUUGACAACCAGAUCAGAGUGCUUAACUUCAGUGUCUUCCAAUACAAUGAAGACCUACAGUAUCUAGAUUUAUCCCAUAACAACUUGCAGGCUCUUUUUGGUUUUCCUGUGCCAAGUCUCAGGCAUUUAGAUGUCUCUUAUAAUAAUGACAUAAAGAUGACCUUUUGCUCUGACUCAAGCACGACACGGAAGCUGGAGUAUUUUGGCCUGAGUACUAGGAGAAUGCAGAAACCAGAUUUCUGUGUUCUGGCUCAUUUGCAAGUAGAAACUCUAUUCCUGGGCUUAGAAGAUCUCUCGGAAUAUAACUCUACUUUCCUUCCAGCAUUCAAUAUGAAAAACCUUCGGAUUGCGCUCCCCAACAUAAGGAGGUUCCCCAUUCUGUCGAAUCUAGACCUCAAUGUUACAGAAAGUUUAGAGCUUUCAAAUAUUCAAGGUUACCAAAUCAAGGACUUGGGAACGUUUCUAUCGAAACUCAACAAAAACGGAAGACUGCUGAAUUUAACAAUGACUAAUAUAGAACUUGGCUGGAGAGAUAUCGUGAAUGUUUUCACGGUUGUGUGGAAAUCUACCAUUAGAUAUUUCCAUAUCUAUAAUGUGACCGUUUUAGAAUUUGACGAUGCAGUUUUCAGUAACAUUGAUACCUCUCUACAGGCUUUGACCAUUGAACAGACCAGACUUGGUACCGUGAGCAUUGAUCAAAACAUUGUUUAUAAAACUUUUUCAGACAUGAACAUUCCAGCUCUGACAAUCUCUGAUUCUGGUAUAUUAUUCAUGCAUUGCCCUUCAAAACCCAGUCGCUUCACGUACUUAUGUUUUUCAAACAACACACUGACUGACAUACUUUUCCAAAAUUGCAACAACCUCCCUCUCCUAGAAACACUCAUUUUGCAGAGGAAUUACCUUAAAGAUCUUACAAAAGUGAGCUUAAUGACAAAUACCAUGAAGUCUCUGAAAUAUUUGGAUGUGAGUCACAAUUUCUUGCAAUAUGAUGGCGAGAAUAAGUGCCACUGGGCUGACAAUAUGGUUGAAUUGAAUUUGUCAUCUAACAUACUGUCUGAAUUAGUCUUUAGAUGUUUGCCAGUCAACGUUAAAAUUUUGGAUCUGCACGAGAACCAUAUUUCAAGGGUUCCCAAAGAGAUGCUGAAGCUGAACAAUUUAGAAGAGCUGAAUUUGGCUUUUAAUAAGUUAACUGCGUUGCCUGGAUGUGAUCAUUUCAGAAGUCUCAGAUUGCUGAACAUAGAAAAUAAUUCUGUUCUUUCUCAAUCUUCUGAAUUCUUUGAAAGCUGCCAAUACGUCCAAAGAUUAAAAGGAGGAAACAAUCCGUUCAAGUGCUCCUGUGAAUUAAGAGAGUUCAUUAAUCUUGGGAAACAGGGGUCAGUGGAGUUGGUUGGAUGGCCUGAUUCUUACAUGUGUGAAAAACCUGAAUAUGUAAGGGGAACACCUUUAGCAAAUUUUCACAUUUCAAAACUUUCUUGUAAUGUGACUCUCCUUGUUGCUGUAAUUCUGAUUAUUACAGUGGUCUUAGGAGUAGCUGUUUGCAUCAUCUGCCUCCGUUUUGAUAUCCCAUGGUAUUUGAAGAUGAUAUGGCAGUGGACCCAAGUUAAACGUAGGAACUGGAAGAGUCAGCAGCUGAACACUAUACAGUUCCAUGCCUUUGUCUCCUAUAGCGAGCAUGACUCUGACUGGGUCAAAACUGUCCUGAUUCCAAAUCUGGAGAAGGAAGAUGGCUCCAUCCGGAUCUGCCAACAUGAAAGGAACUUUGUGGCAGGGAAGAGCAUUGUCGAGAACAUCAUAGACUGCAUCGAGAAAAGUUACAAGUCAAUCUUUGUACUGUCUCCCAACUUUGUGCAGAGCGAAUGGUGCCAUUAUGAGCUCUACUUUGCCCAUCAUAAGUUGUUCAGUGAAGAUGUUUAUGGCUUAAUCCUUGUUUUGUUAGAGCCAAUCCCUACCUAUAUCAUUCCUGCCAGGUAUCACAAACUGAAGGCCUUGAUGGCCAAGAGAACGUACUUGGAGUGGCCAAAGGAGAAGAGCAAGCAUGGACUUUUCUGGGCUAACCUUAGGGCAGCCAUUCAGAUUGUGCUUCCUAACAAUGAAGAAACGGAGGAAUUCUAGAUUUUUUAAAAAUCAGUUUGUAUAUUCACACAGUCAGAGAAAGUGUUCAUUUUAUGAGUAAAGUGUAAAGUUCAAGGAUCACAAUUUUCUAAAACAAGCAUUUUGAAAAUGUGCAAAGGUUUCUAAAUGAAAUGAACACAAUUAUUGUGUCAUUGUUGUUUGCCUUCAGGUUGUUUCUGGUGUGUGGCAACCUAAGAUUUUUCCUAGUUCCAACAGACCUCACUACCUCUGAGGAUGCUUGCCACAGAUGCAGGCGAAACGUCAGGAGAAAUGCCUCUAGAACAUGGCCAUAUAGCCCAAAAAAACCUACAACAACCCAGUGAUUCUGGCCAUGAAAGCCUUUGACAAUACAUUGAACCUAAGAUUAACCUAUCAUGGUGUUUUCUUGGCAGGAUUUGUUCUUGUUAGGUUGACCAUCCUCUGAGGCUGAGAGAGUAUGACUUGCCAAAGUCUCCCAGUUUAUCUCCAUGGCCAAAUGUGGAUUUGAACCCUGGUUUUGAGCUAAUCCAACUCAGACCACUGCACCAUGGUGUAAUAUUUAUGAAGCAAUGCUGCAAUGUAGCAUCUCUAGAAAAAGACCAAGUAUAGUUCAAAACCACUCAUGACCCAUGAAGCAUGAUGGGAUCAUUGUUAAGAAAGUAAGACUCUGCUGUUCACACAUAACAAUGCCACUAUGAGUUGCUGAUGAAAAGCUCUUCCGUCUUGCAUAAUUUUCUUGAACGUGCGGGUACAAAUGUUUGACUGUAGUAUCAAUCCUCCAUUACCACUGGAUAUGCUGAUGGAGGUUGCAGUGAACUUCCUAUCGCGAGUCUCCAAAAACAAAAUGGUCCUCAUGCUAAUACCUGACACAGAAAGUUGUAUUUUUUUUCUGUAUCAAAUCUGUACUUGCUUUUGGCUGAAAUAACUAAAUAUGCCUUCUCUUUCCAGCUGAAGUCAUUAUCAUGCUGGGAGGUUUUGAGCUGCAACACUAGUGGCUUCAGUUUGAUUUAGCAAUUGGUAGGGUGCACCGAUACUGGAUGGCCAUCUGUCAGGGGUGCUUUGAAUGCGAUUUUCCUGCUUCUUAGUAGGGGGUUGGACUGGAUGGCCCAUGAGGUCUCUUCCAACUCUAUAAUUCUACUAUACUAUAGAAUUAAUGAAGUUCAAUUAAUGAAGCUCAAUGCUAUGAUAUAACGGGAAUUGUAGUUUUGCAGGAUCUUUAACCUCACCAAACUACAAAUCCCAGGAGUCUAUAGCUUUAAACCAUGGCAUUUGAAGUGAUGUCAAACUGCAUCAAUUAAAACCUGGUUUUGGAGCUGCACAGAUUAAACUACAUUCUUCUGCUACCACCUGCUGGCUAGCAUUUAUAUUACAAUGUCUCAAAUUUGCUUGGUUGUACCUAGUUGUUUGCAAACUUCUACACCAGAUUGUUAGAAAAUGCUUGCAAAUUUCUACAAGACAUCUGUGAACAAAUUGGUAGUCUUGAAUUAGCCGCAUGGUUAGAGGCCAAAGACUUCCAUUUCUAAACCUAGAUCACAGAAUGAUGUCACAUGUUUUGCACUAAAGAAGUAUUUAUGCCAUUUUGACUCUGUUGCUGUUAUUGUUAAGAUGCACUGUUACCUUGAAUAAAUACUUUUGUUUGGGAAUAUUUUAAGUCCACUAGUAUA